CAACCUGGCAACCCUGGAGAAGCCUGGAGCAAACUCCAGCAGAGCCGCGCAGUCUCGUCUCGUCUCGUCUCGUCUCUCAGCGCACAAGUCGGCGGCUGCCUUUGGGAUCUGCGCUCACUCGUACCCAAAUUAUUCCCCUCAUUUGGCAUCACCACAUUAGUGUGAAGCACAAGGAAGAGAAGUCGUGUCUUUGGCUCAACUGAUUUUGGAGGUUUGGACUGAAUUUCCUCCUCCUAAACCUCUGGGCCAGUCGUGAACCUCAAUAAGUUCCUCCAUCACAACAAACUCUUGAGAAAAGAGAAAAACAAAAAAAAACAACCUUUGGCCAACCUUUGGAUCCUUCAAUUGAACAACAGAGUGAGCACCUUUGAAGUCACAGUCUCGAGCAAGUUGCAAACUCAUCGUUGUGCGACUGCCCGUGCGUGAACUUGCAGCUGACAGACAGCAUGGCAAAGAAGAACCAAAAGGACACCUCGGGGGUGGUGUUUGACACGCGCUCAAAGAUGGUCAUGUCCCAGGGAGGGCCACCGGAAAGGAUGAAAGAGAAGAUCAGCGCCGUCAGGGCGGUUGUCCCCAACAAAAGCAACAAUGAGAUUGUUCUGGUGUUGCAGCAUUUUGAGAACUGCGUUGACAAGGCUGUUCAAGCGUUCUUAGAAGGUAGUGCAGUGGAGAUCCUGAAGGAGUGGAGUGUCACUGGCAAAAAAAAGCCCAAUAAGAAAAAGAAGCCCAAGCCCCAGCCGGAGGCCUCAGCAGAACCAGGCCCAUCUGAGGCCUCGCCACUUGAGGAAGGCAAGGACAAGACCAACGGCUUCCACCCCAAUGGCUCAUUGGUGGAGGGGGAAUCACUUGACUCCCUGAGUGAACACCUGGACUCGGCCUCUGUGGACGCAUCGGAGCUUGACUCUGAACUACUAACCGCAUCCGAAACCACUGGUGCAAAAGCAGAGAGUCCGCCCUCUCAGCCGGCGCAGGGUGUCCGAGGCAGCAAAGCACGAGAUUCACAGCGUCCAAAGUCCUCCUUGGCACUCCCCGAUGGACAAAGUCAGCAACGAUCGUUUGCAGGAAAGAAGAUCGCCCCCAACAUCGACCGCUCCGUGAAGGACCUGCAGCGAUGCACCGCUUCGCUGACUCGCUACAGGAUGUUGGUGAAGGAGGAGAUGGACUCCUCUCUCAAGAAGAUGAAGCAGACGUUUGCUGAGCUACAGACCACCCUAAUGGACAGAGAAGUGACAUUGCUGGGUGAAAUGGACAAAGUCAAAGCAGAGGCCAUGUCGAGUUUGAACGCUCGACAGAAGCGAGCCGAGGAGCUGCGCAGGCUGACGGACCAAUCGGCGUCCAUGUCCGAAGAGCAGCUGACCGAACUGCGGGCUGACAUCAAGCACUUUGUGAGCGAGCGGAAAUAUGACGAGGACCUCGGCAAAGCUGUCAGAUUUACAUUCGAUCUGGAGCCGCUGAAGACGAGCAUCACGCAAUUUGGAUCUGUUUACCACCCCCGGACGGGUUACUCCGAUCGGUCCCGUUGCAGCUCCACGUCCUCCUCAGUGGCCAGCCCGAGUAUUGUGGAAGCCCCUCCGCCCGCUCAGACCCAAAGCCCCACCAGCCACUUCCGACCCCCGCCGGCCAAACAGAUAUUCCAUGGCAACCGCCGCACUUUCCAGGGCCAGGGUUACCAGUCCGGCGGCCAGCGCUACAACGGCGGCUCCAACCACGAUCGAAACCCCGGACGCCCCGAUCACCGCUACCGCAGCGGCGACGGCGGGCCCGCCAACAGCUAUCGAGGCGCCUCCCGAGGCGGCGCCGCCUCCUCGUCGGCCACUAACCAAAGCCGAGCUUCUCACAACGGUCUCCCUCAAAGGCUUCCGCGGAUGCCCUGCCCGUAGAUUGCAGGAAUCCCUCCGCUCACUCAAAGCCCCUUUUACUUAUUUGACUUGCACUCCCCGAUUCUAGCCUGCCAUCCUGAAAAGAAGUUUACAUAUUUUCAUCAUUCCCUCUCCACCGAUCCGUUCAUCCUUCACACUUGAACAGCUCUCGUGCAUCGCGGGUUAGAGUAGUCGACGUAGGCUUCUCCUCGCCAUCUCCCGUCCACUUGCGAGCCCUGGUGGGCUGUGGAAGUGGAACUCUUUUCCCUCUUUCGUUUUCUUGUCCCCUUUCCAUAAAUAAAUAACAUCGUAUCGUUUCAAGGAAGCUUAUGGCACCAUUGCCCAGGUGCUCCAAACCCUGAGAAAACUAACGCAUUAGCUUUAGCUCCCGAGUAGCCAACUACAGUAGUUUGUUGCUGAGCUACUCCAAUUAGCGAGAUCGGUUUUUCCCGACCUUUAUUGAGCCGAGGCGCAUAUUACCAUUUACACGGGAAAAAAAUUCACGGCACAUCACCAAACAAAAAUGCUGCACAAAUGAUAUAUAGACUUCAGUAAUCGAUUUACUCGCAAAUUUCCAUUUGACCCGUUGAACACAAAGCUAUUUCUCUGUUGUAUAAAUGACAACGGGUGGAUACAACAAUUACUUGAACCUUCUGCCAUCCAGUGAAGCAGCAGCAGUUAAGUAUUCCACCCGUCACUAUCGGUCACUGGCAUAGAUCAUGAGCAAAGCUAAGUAAGAGUCAACCUCUGAAUAUUCGUGGCUCGGCAGUUGCAGAUUUGCUGUUUUUGUGCUCGGGCCAAAGCAAAAACCUUACUCUCCUGCCGUCUUGUGGCAUCUUUGUUCCAAGGGACUAUGUUGGAGUGAGUUGAGGAGCUUCACUCUAGACAGGCGUGUCACGCAGGCAGUUAUAAAUCUAUUUUUUUUUUUGGGGGGGGGGGGGGCAGUUAUUCACGGAUAUUUGCUAUUUGGGUUAAAAAAAAAUAAAUGUAUAUAUAUAUAUAUAAUUUUCAGACUGAUUGACGCUAAAUUGGAUGAUUUUCCACAGCACACCUGAUCUGUGUAGUUGGGAAACACCGAGCUACAAUGCAGUGAGAAAUGAAAUGACCCCUUAGGAAGUGUCCCCUCCUGAUCAAAUGUGAUGCCAUUAAUUGUUUUGUAUGCGACUUGUGAGGGCUCAUUUUUGUUUUUUGUAGAAUGAUUAUAUAUAAAAAAAUGAGGUGUCCAUUUUUUUUUGGGGGGGGGGGGGGGCAUCUGACCAUCCCAACGGCCAACUUUCUUGUACGAUUUUGUUGUGUUGCCUUUUGUCAGACAGGCCUUUUUACACUUGCCUCUGUAGGAAAUGUGACGAUUUAGGGAGAUAAUUUUCAUAUAAAUGUAAGAAGAUAUGCAGCCCCCUUUAUUAGUAGUAGUAUUAUUUUUUUUAAAAACAUGCUCGCAUUAUUGUACCGCAUGAAUUUCACUGAGCUUCUCACUGUGUUGUCAGCAAAACAUGAAGGAAAAACAAAUCCAAUACCUCAUUUUGGAAGUUUGGUGUGGCCUGUAUCAAGCAAACCUUGGGAAUAUAGAAAUGGAAAAACUUCGUUUUCGUUCCCUUUUUUAUCCUAAAGUUUCUUUAUCUU